AUGGUUCUAGGCGCCAGGCACUUCUACUCCUUCUUCCCCAGCAACGAACGCAUCCAGCUUGACAGAAACGUUCCACUUCUGGUCAAUAGCGUCUUCGGAUGGAUCGUGGCCGGUACUUCGUAUGCUGGCCCAUUCACGCAAGCAUCGAUGCCAACCGCCUCGUGUAGUGUAGUUGAGGUUUCCAUGGUUUCUCUGGAGGAAUGUUUGGAGAGAUUCUGGCGAACAGAGGAGCUGACCAACACCGAUACAUAUUCUGUAGAGGAGCGAAGAUGCGAGACCCUGUAUCAGUCUACUGUCUCCCGAAAUGAAGAAGACCGCUACAUCGUGCGUUAUCCCCGCGAACCCGACUUUGAAGUCAUGAUUGGUGAAUCCCGAAACAAUGCCCAGCGACAAUUCGAACACUUGGAAAAGGAACUGGAACGGGAUCCACAUUUGAAAGAAGAAUAUCGCAAGUUUAUCAAAGAGUAUAUCUCUCUCGGUCACAUGCGGUUGGUCGAAGCUGACGAUGAUGAUGCUCCUGUGUACUACCUGCCCCACCACCCCGUAGUUAAGGAGGAAAGUACGACGACCAAGGUUCGGGUCGUGUUUAACGGCUCAGCGAAAACUUCCACCGGCUUCUCGCUUUGCGUGGGUCCCGUGGUGCAGGACGAUCUUCUGGAUAUUAUUCUUCGAUUCCGUACCUUCCCCAUCGCUCUGGUUGCCGACAUUGCCAAAAUGUACCGGCAAAUACUCGUACACCCCGAUGACGUCAGGUUCCAGCGCAUCCUGUGGCGAUUUUCCGGGAAAACACCAAUUCAAGUGUACGAGUUGCUAACCGUGACGUACGGCUUGGCUCCAUCUUCCUACCUGGCCACACGCACACUGCAGCAGCUAGCGGAAGACGAAGGCGCAGCGUAUCCGAUUGGCGGUCCAGCGCUCAAGAAGAACUUCUACGUGGACGACUUCAUUGGUGGUGUGUCAGUCUCAGAGUUUCUUAGUAGAUGCUACAGUGGGGCCCAAUCUAUUGAAGAAGCGAUCCGUCUGCGUACCGAGCUCGACGAGCUACUACCGAAGGGUGGUUUCGAGUUGCGGAAGUGGGCCUCUAACCGUCUUGAGGUGUUGCAAGGUCUCAGCAACGAGCAAGUUGGGACACAAUCCGCCCUUCAGUUCACUCCUGAGGAAUCCAUCAAAGCGCUUGGGAUCAUUUGGGAACCUGAAGCCAGGCUUUUCGAUCCUCUUGGACUCAUCGCCCUGGUGGUCGUUCGUGCUAAAAUCGUUAUCCAGGAAUUAUGGCUGCUUUCCUGCGACUGGGAUGACCCGGUACCAGAACCCCUCCGUUCGAAAUGGGAAUCUUAUCAACAGGAGCUAUUGAAGAUCUCCGAACAUCGUGUAGAUAGAUACGCCCUUCUUUCCGAUUCCGUCGUUCAGAUGCAUACUUUCGCUGAUGCAUCCCAGUCCGCAUAUGGUGCCUGCACCUACGCCCGAUGCGAAGACAGACAAGGGCGAGUAAGAAUCCAACUUCUAGCUUCGAAGUCCCGUGUAGCGCCGCUGAAACGAAUCACAAUCGCCCGCUUGGAACUGUGUGCGGCUGUGGUCGCCGCUCAUUUACACUCUCGCAUCAAGAAUGCCAUUGACAUCAAGGUUUCCGCUUCUUACUUCUGGUCGGAUUCCUCAGUGACACUGCAUUGGUUGCGGUCACCUCCAAACGUCUGGCCUACAUACGUGGCAAACCGAGUGGCUGAAAUACAACAGUACACACAAGGCUGCGAAUGGAAGCAUGUUCAUGGAGUUGACAACCCUGCCGACUUGGUCUCUCGAGGAAUGACGGUCGAAGGCUUCCUGAACAGCGACUUGUGGAGUCGUGGUCCCGAUUGGUUAUCUCAGCCAUCUCAAAGCUGGCCAAUUUCGAUUCCUCCGGGUGUUCCAAAGGAAGAGUUGGAGGUGAAAACCAUCGUGGCGGUCACUCAAGCGUCACCAACAAUCAAUCCGUGGUUCUCUCGCUGGUCCUCCUAUAGUCGCUUGCUUCAUAUCGUCGGAUACUGUAUGCGCUUCGUCAGCAACACUCGAUCGAAAGUCCGCACACAACCUUCAUACUCAGCUGCUCCCACUUCACACCUGCUCACCGUAGAGGAGAUCAAUAAGGCCAAAGCAUAUCCGACCCGAUUGGCCCAGGAAGAUGGCUAUUCCGCCGAAAUAAAGCAGCUGAAGGAGGGUAAGCCCGUCGCAAAACAGUCGCACAUCCGUAAAAUGACUCCAUUCUUCGAUCCAAAGGGAGUCUUGAGAGUGGGAGGACGUCUUGAAUUUGCUCUUAUGCCCUACCAAGCUAAACAUCCUGCCCUAAUCCCUACCAACCAUCCGUUCACCCACCUCAUCGCUGAACACUUCCAUCGCAAACUGCUUCACGGCGGCGGGCGCUUUCUGUUGACUGCCAUUCGCGAGGAGUAUUGGCCACCCAGAGGUCGAAGGCUCGUCCACAGUGUGGUUCGGAACUGCUUCCGAUGUACACGUCUCAACCCAGUACCGGCUCAGCAGCAAAUUGGACAGCUGCCUUUCCAUCGAGUCGUUCCAAGCCGCCCGUUCAGCAUCACGGGAGUUGACUACGCUGGUCCUGUAUAUCUUCGCCCAAUCCACAAACGCGCCUCGUCAUCAAAAGCGUAUCUGUGCCUCUUUGUGUGCUUUUCGACCAAAGCAGUGCACUUAAAGUUGGUCAGCGACCUAUCUACUCAAGGUUUCCUGGCUGCUCUUCGACGAUUCAUUGCCCGACGUGGAAGACCUUCCCGCAUCUAUUCGAACAACGGGAAGAACUUCGAAGGAGCAAGAAACGAGCUAGCUGAGAUGUUCGCCAAAUUCCACGACCGAGCCCAGCAGGACGAAAUCGUUGCCACCUGCAACGGCGAAGGUAUCACCUGGCACAUGGUUCCUCCAAAAACUCCACAUUUCGGUGGCCUGUGGGAGGCAGCCGUCAAAGUGGCGAAAAAGCACCUCUACUGA